AUGGUUUCAGAUAACGGAGUAAUACAACCAGUGGCUCAAUAUGGACACAGUAAUGGUGUUGCAGUUGCUUAUCACCCAGCCCAUUUAUCACCUCAAAAGACAAUGCCUUUAGCAAUGGAACAACAACAAAAUCGAGGUGAACACACUCUACCUCCAGUACCUCCACCUAGAAGUCCUCAGAUGCCUGGUUCUAAUAUCACUCUGCGUAGAAAUUAUGCAACAAAUAUGCCAUUAGGCCUAGUAAAAUAUAACGAGCCUUCUACAUCAAUAAGUGCAGAUACUUCUGAAUCAUAUCCACAACCCCAUAGUUAUAAUGAGCUAAUGAAUUCACAACCUAAUUUCAAUCAUAAUAGUCUACAGCAAAAUGAUGAUCAAUUCAGUGAACAGUCAUCAAACACAAUUCAAACACCAUUAAGAAUCGACUUAAGGGGACAAUCAGAAAGUGAUACUGAUAUUGCAUCUAAACAGAAUCGAAUGAUGAGAAAUGGCCUUGGUGUUGGGCUACCUCCACUAGCUAGCAAUCAUAUUCACAAUCGUUCAGUCAAUAUUCAGCCUUCACAAAAAUCUAACUCAUUAUCUGAAACCCAAGAAACCAAAUUAGCAGUGUAA